GAGCUCCUUUGCAUCCCGCUUGCAUCCGUACCAUCAUCCCCAUACCUAACCUAUGCCGGCCGAGCGAACAGAGACCAGGAAAGCAGCGGCCAGAAAAUUGAGUAAUAAUGAGGACGACAUAGAGGUCAAGCGUGCUCGGGGAGAGAUAUCUUGUGCAGAAUGUAGGAGGUUGAAGCUGAAGUGCGACAAGAAGCUUCCCUGUGGCUCGUGUGUCCGCAGAGGCUGCACCACCAUAUGCCCCAAUGGGAGUCUUUCCGCUGGGCAAGGUACUAGAUUCAUACUUGCCGACACCGAGCAACUCCAUCGCAAGAUCUCCGAAAUGAGCGAGCGAAUCCGUCAGCUGGAGGAUACGGUCGCCAUUUUCCAAGCCGGCGUCUCCAAUGAACGUCACCCACUGCUUCGAGACGACCUGCUUACGAUCAAGUUUGGGCCGGAGGUUCGUCGGACCGUGGACGAGGAGCACCGGAGGGAAACAUUAUCGCAAGCUAUAGACGCCCUUGGCACAUUAACGAUCGGGUCUCACGGAGAGACGAAGUACUUCGGUCGAUCGGGUGGCUCUGAGACGCUCUUUUUGACGAACAUGCCGAACGACGAAGAGGCUGUCGAGGCUCCAGAGGCGAUUGAAGAUGUUCCCGAGCUGCCUGCCGAGUUGGCAAACCUGCAUCUCGCGUUCCCGCUCUCGUUCACGGACGAUGGUCUCGAAGGUUACCUGGACUCACUGGAGGCGUUGCUACCUAUGCACCCUCGUGCGUGGGCUCUCUGCGAGGCGUACCUUGCACACUUCACCUGGUGGAGUCGACCGAUCAAGCGUGACGAGCUCAUUGACGAUAUCCUCACGCCCAUUUAUAACGCAAUGAAGUCCGCCACGCCAGGUGAAAGACCGGGCUACUGUGCGGGAGGUGCGGACACGUCCCGAUGUCCCCAUUUACUCGCGGUCCUGUUUCUGGUGCUUGCUAUUGGUGCGCUUGUGGAUCUGACACAGCCACCAUGCAGCGCGGAGGCCGAGAAGUACUACCGCCUAGGUCGGAUAGCUCUAUCGAUGAGGUCUAUAUUGGAUUCGCCAGAAAUUGAGACCGUUCAGGCAAUCACUCUCAUGGCUGCCUACCACAGUCUCUGCACCCUACGAUACAGUGUAGAGAGUGCUUGGACUCUAGCAUCACUUGCUACAAAGCUUGCUCAAAGUAUCGGACUGCAUCGUGACAGCAAGCAGUGGAAGAUGGAUGAGAAGAAUGUACAAAGAAGACGAAAUCUGUUUUGGGAGAUCUUUGUUUUCGAGCUAAUUCAUUGUAUCGCGCUGGGCCGCCCACCGUCCAUCAACUUGGCUCAUAUCGACUGCGAGCUGCCCAACGAUGAAGAUGCUGACGUCGCUGACAAUGGUGACACGAUGCAAGGAUACUGGCACUUCAAGAUGAUCUUCUCUCGCGAUAUCUAUUCCCCAAUCGUCGAAACCAUGCUUGCCGCCAAGGGUCCCACAUACAAUACCAUCCUAGACCUCGACCGGAGGAUACGCCAGAUGACGCUACCCCCGAUCAAACUUUACCUUCGCCCGGAUGACGAUGAUUACAACAAUCCUGCUCUAUGUAUGAAGAGCUAUCUCAUGUCGCAUUACCGUUCACUCACCAUGAUUCACAUUCAUCGGACAUUCUUUGCCCAAGCCCUGCUCGAUAACCCCAACAGUCCUCUGUCUAGUCCUUAUGCACCUUCUUUCCUAGCUGCAAAUCGCUGUGCAUCGAUCCUCCUAAAGUCCUUUAUCCACCACCACGAACGCUGCGGCGAUUUAUGUGGUCGUUUCUGGGGAAUGUGGACGCACGCAUUCUCGGCAGCAAUCAUCAUCGGGGCGACUGUGAUUCGUAUGCCGCAAUCAAGCCUUACACCGAGUGCUCUCAUGGAACUCGACCUCGCUGUUGGGGUUUUCGAGAAAGGCGCGGUUAGCUCGCUUCGUGCGAGACAAGGCUUGCCGAUCCUGCGGAGGAUUCGUGACCGGGCUAAGCAAGCCUACGAAGAGUACCGCGACAGACACCUUAACCCGGCGACCAACGGGACCCCAGCCCCGAUCCCGGACGAGUAUCAGCAGGCCCUCGCGAUCUUUGGAGGUCAGACGAGGAUAUUACCUAGCAGAGCCCUCUCCCGGAGGCGUCAAAGAAAUGGACGGUCUUCAACAGACAGCCCACGAAGUGGUCAGCCCUCAAGUCAACAUUCGCCAACGUCGACCAGUGCCGCGACAACCCCUCCGCCGGCACAGACGCCCAGCGAUAGCAGUGGCAACUCUCCCUCCCCCGAAUUCCAUCCACAUCCCGCGUUGAUGAUGUAUCUUUCCCAAGUCCCGUCGAAUUCACCCUUCCAAACAGCAGAUCUUCAACAUCUGCCAGUCCACGCCCUAGCCCCUACCUGUCCACCGCCCGCCCCCGUUCCGGUACCCCAGGUGCCGGGGACUCCUACCGCUGGUCACAGCCAUAUGAACGUUGCCGAUUCGUAUCCCCAAGGCGCUCAAGCUGAUCUGGACUUCCUCAAUAGCCUCUUGUCCAACCCGCAGUACCAGUCCCUGCCGUCCCUCCCGAACGGCAAUGCGUUUGCCAACGGCAACGCCAUGUUGACCGACACCUAUAACAUGCCCCAGCCCUUCGCCACAGACGCCAUCAUGAACGACCAGUGGAUGUCGCUCAUGCAGGAAACUGGGCUUUUCGAGGGCAUGGAGGGCAUAACGAAUGACGACUUCACGCCUAACCUAUUCUCGUUCUGAUUAGGUGUGUGCGAGUAUGCUAUGGAUGUAUGUUGUAUCGGUCGUGUGCUCUGUCCUCGUCUCUGUAUUGACUAGCGCUCUCGGUAUGCUCCUGUCUGCAGCAUAAUAUAACGUCUCCGUCUGUACUGAUAAUUAGUCCUCUUAAUUAUAGCUUGCUUUCUGUUCCGGCGUAGUAUGACAAUCGCAGAAGUGUCGUCCUCA